CUGAGAAACUGCAGGCAGCUGAACAUGAAUAAAGCUUCCCAGCUUCUGUUCGCCCCUAAUUAGCGGCCCGUGUGUUGCUGUGGAUGCGCUGAGACCACGGACAGCCCGACCUGAACCGGCGCCUCUCUGAAGCUUCUCCAUUCACCACUCAUCAUGGUGGACUACUACCAGGUUCUAGGAGUGCGACGGGAUGCGUCUGCUGAUGACAUAAAGAAAGCGUACAGGAAGCAGGCUCUGAGGUGGCAUCCGGAUAAAAACCCAGAGAACAAGGAGGAGGCUGAGAAGAAGUUUAAGGAGCUGUCAGAGGCUUACGAAGUCCUGUCAGAUGCCAACAAGAGGAGCAUAUAUGAUCAUUACGGCAAAGAGGGCUUGACGGGGAGCAACGGAGGAAGAGGGAGCCACUUCCACAACGGAGAGCAUUUCCACGAACCGUUCACAUUCCGUAACCCAGAAGACGUCUUCAGGGAAUUCUUCGGCGGCAGAGACCCGUUCGCAGACUUUUUUGGUGCAGAUCCUUUCAGUGAUGAUCCGUUCUUCGGCAGCAGUCGGCGGCAGCAGAAUCGGGCAAGUCGCAACCGAACCAGUGGCUCAUUUUACGGGGGCUUUGUUGGGUUUCCUCCUUUUGGUGCUGGCUUCUCACCGUUUGACCCAGGCUUCGGUUCCUUCGGCUCCAUGAGCACCAUGGGUCACAUGGGCCACAUGGGUCACAUGACCACUAUGGGCAGUCUGGGAGGUGGAGGCUUCACCUCUUUCUCCUCCACCUCCUUUGGAGGAGGAGGUGGAGGAAACAUGGGCAACUUCCGCUCAGUCUCCACCUCCACCAAGAUCAUCAACGGCAGGAAAAUCACUACUAAGAGGAUCGUGGAGAACGGUCAGGAGCGGGUGGAGGUGGAGGAGGACGGCCAGCUGCGCUCGCUGACCAUCAACGGGAAGGAGCAGCUGCUGCGACUGGAACACAAGUGAAGACGUCCUCUGCUGGAGAAGUGUUACCUCAGCACAAACAUCCCAACAAACUUGAGCUGGAAAUGGAGAGAAAACCGUGUAGUACUAGCGCUCUGCUAUUAGUUGGAUGUACAUACUUAGGUUGUGUUUGUUUCCCUUCGUGUCCUCUGCCUGCUGACUCUCAUUUAUUAACCAACGGUUCACGCCAGAGGAUGGGGAUGCAGGCUUUUCUAUGCAUUUUGUUCAUGUGUUUCUGGAUUGGAGCUGUCCUUAUUCUUUGGCUCAGGGUGGUGUUUUUCUUUCAGUGUUUGGGACCACAGUAUUGUUCUGAUAUGACCAGACCCUUCUCCUGCAGUACUUCCUGUAUGCACUCCACUGUGUCGCUCUGUGUGCACACGGCACACGCUGACUUCAGAAAACAAUACAUGACUGCUUUUUCAUCUACGUGGAACAAAAAUGUUGACUUUGGUUUUAACUAGUGGGUAGGAGUGACUGAAGAGCUGUCCCCUCUCUGUUUACUGCUUGUCUAACCUCUUCAUGGUAAUUCUGUUUUAUUUAUAAAAUACAAUGCUGGUAGGAUGAGUUAUGCAAUUUUAUAUGUUCUAAUACCAAUGUGUUUCUGUUUAUUUAAUUAUGCAUGUACUCCUGUUGAUGUUGGGUCUUAAUGUUAAACUGCAUUAUGAUGCACACGAUGAAAGGCAUUCUACAAAUUAUAUAUGAAUAUAGAAGGACUUUUGUGUACUUUGUAAACCAAUAAAUCUUGAGUUUCAUCUUGUUUUCAGGAUGCUAAAA